AUGAGUGUGGAGCUGGGUCUCGACAUCAGCGACGCUCAAAUCGCAGAACUAGAAGGCGCCGUCCACGACAUCGAUUUCGCACUUGCUGCCGAUCUUGAGAAAAAAGUUCGUCAUGAUGUCAUGGCUCAUGUUCAUACUCUCGCUGAAAAGUGUCCGCUUGCUGCACCCAUCAUUCACCUUGGGGCAACUUCAUGCUAUGUGGGAGAUAAUACCGAUUUAAUAGUACUCAGAAAUGGACUCGAUAUUCUUUUGCCAAGACUCGCCGCUAUUAUCAAUCAGCUGUCGCAGUUUGCCAAUGAAUACAAAUCGCUCCCAAUCUUGGGCUUCACUCACAUGCAGCCCGCUCAACUGACUACUGUCGGAAAGAGAGCAUCGCUUUGGCUUAGUGACCUACUAAUGGACGAACGUGCCCUCAGUAGAGCAAGAAACGACCUCCGUUUCCGUGGAGUCAAAGGAACAACCGGUACCCAAGCCUCGUUCCUGCAACUAUUUAAAGGAGAUGGGGCUAAGGUUCGGGCUCUUGACAAAAAAGUUUCUGAUUUAGCUGGUUUUGAUAGCAGCUUUAUCGUCACUGGACAAACCUACUCAAGAAAAGUGGAUUUGGAAGUAAUUUCGGCCUUAGCUGGACUCGGCGCAACUAUUCACAAAAUGUGUUCAGAUAUUCGUAUAUUAGCGUCUCGUAAAGAAAUUGAAGAGCCUUUUGAAACAUCCCAAAUAGGCUCCAGUGCUAUGCCCUAUAAGAGAAAUCCUAUGAGGUCAGAACGUUGCUGCGCUCUUGCUCGUCACUUGAUCACUCUACACUCAAAUGCUGCUAACACGCAUGCGGUUCAGUGGUUAGAACGCACUUUAGAUGAUUCUGCUAACCGUCGUAUCACUCUUGCUGAGAGUUUUCUUACAGCAGAUGCCGCUUUGCUGACUUUACUUAACAUUUGCCAAGGUCUGGUUGUAUACCCUAAAGUUAUUGCUCGUUGCAUAAGCCAGGAGUUACCUUUCAUGGCCACAGAGAAUAUUAUUAUGGCUAUGGUUCAAGCUGGUGGCGAUCGUCAAAUUUGCCACGAGAAAAUAAGAGUCCUUUCACAUGAAGCUGGCGCUCAAGUGAAACAGCACGGCAAAGAUAAUGAUUUAAUCGAUCGUGUUAAGAACGACAGCUACUUUGCCCCUAUCAUACCUCAAUUGGAAAAAAUUUUGGAUGCUUCCACCUUUAUAGGCAGAGCUCCUGAGCAGGUAACUGAAUUUAUCGAAGAAGAAGUAAAUCCUGUAUUAUCAAAAUAUAAAGAUACUUUAGAUGCGGUUUCAAAACCUGUUCUUUUAACUAUUUAA